GUGUGAGUGGUUCAUGUUGGCAGGCAUGUAAGUUUCCCACGUCUCGAAGUUCUGCAUUUCUCAAAAACAUUAAGCAACCUGACCGCAGAGAUAAGAGAGAAGAAACAAACCAAAAACAAUGACAUGGCAUUUUCCAUCCUCUCUUAUAAUUAAUUUGGUUCUCUUCAUCCUGUUCAGUUAAACUGCCUCGUGGGUUCACAGGUUAAUGCAUUCCUGUUCCUUCACUACACCUGCAGACUGUGUGACGUCCUCAGUGCUCAUAGAGAUCAACUGUUAUUCUCUUCUUAAUUUAAAUGCUCUUUUCUGGUGUCAGUGUUAUAUUGGCAGUGAAACAAAUGUUUAACCGAAGUGUCUUUUAACGUGUAUACUUUUUUAAAACAAUACAACUUUUGUGUGCAGUGGGUGUUACAGGGUUUGGCUCAUCAUGCAUAUUAAUCGUCUAAAGAGGAAGUAAAUCUUGUCUCUUAACAGCCUGAUUUCCGUAUUCUGCUCAUUGGUGACAGAGGAAAGGCAUCUUUCAACACAUGGUUCCUCCUUCACUUCUCACAGAGAUGAGAGGAGCAGCUAUGAGUCUAACUGCAGCAGCGAGUGGAUUAGUUGUCUUCCUGCUCUCUGUGUCAGUGGUUCAGGGUCAGGAUGAGUGGGGAGUGGCUUACACUUCUACUGAGAUCUGUGCAGUGACAGGAUCAACAGUGGAGAUAAGAUGCAGCUUCACAUACCCAUCUCCAUCGAAUGGAAGUGUUACCACAGUAGAAAAAACAUUCUGGUCUAAACAGAAAGAUGGUGAAUCUGUAGAUCUGACCACAGUCUCAGAGUAUUCAGGUCAUGUAGAGAAUCUCUGUGAAAAGAACAUCUGCACUCUGAGAAUCAGAAACCUGAGAGAGAGCGACUCAGCUGAGUACUGGUUCAGGUUUGAAACAAACCGAGCAGGAGGAAAAUAUAGUGGUUCACCUGGAGUCACUUUGUCUGUCAAAGAUCUCUCGGUGCAGGUGGAACGCAAAUAUUCCAACAGUGCAAACCUGAAGUGUCAGAGCAGUUGUGAUUUACCUGAUAAUGAUUACGUCUGGUACAAGAACGGAGGAAACGCUCUGUCAGGAACAUCUUCUCUUCAGGUCGACUUUAAUUAUCUCGACAGCUAUUCCUGUGCUUUGAAAGGAUAUGAGGACUCUCUCUCCCCUUCAGUGUGUGUCACUGGUCGAGACAGCAACACACUGACUUAUACUGAAGGAAGUAUCUGUGCCCCCAAAGGAUCAUCAGUGGACAUUUCCUGCACGUACAGCAGUAAUGAAUGUAUUACAUCUAAAUUCUGGUUCAGUCCUGAGCGUAGUCAUCAGGGACAGAAUCCCUCUCAUCCUGAGGACCUUAGUAAAAACUCCCAGGAUGCAGGUCGUGUUCAGAUCACUGACACAGAGAGAGGACGCUCCACUCUGAGGAUCUCUGACCUGAGAGACUCAGAUUCAGCUCAGUAUCUCUUCAAAUUCAAAACACCAAGCUUUGAAUGGAGGAGUGAUUUACCUGGUACAACUCUGACUGUCACAGCUCUGCAGGUGCAGGUGAUCACAGCAACUUACCAGCAGUCUAAUACCUAUGCAGAGCUGAAGUGUCACAGCAGCUGCAGUCCAGCUGGUGUUUCCUACGUCUGGUUCAAGAACGGAGAGAAAUUCACGACAACAUCGAUAUCUUCCUAUAAAGGCCGGAUUCAACUCACAGACACUAUCUCUUGUGCUCUGGAAGGUCAUGAAGCCUUCUCUUCUCCUAUAGUGUAUGCUCCGAGGACUCCAUCUUUGUCAAGACCCUCUGGUGAGAUAAAGGAGGGCAGUUCAGUGACUCUGACCUGUAGCAGUGAUGCUAACCCAGCAGCUACAUACACCUGGUACAAGAAGAAUGGAAAUCGUAACGUUCCUCUUCUCAGUGACGGACCACAGCUUGUCUUCAGCUCCAUCCAGUCCUCUGACUCUGGACAGUAUUUCUGUUCAGCUACAAAUGAUCUGGGGAGUAGCACAUCUGCAAACACCUUUAUUGACGUGAAAUAUGCUCCGAGGACUCCAUCUUUGUCAAGACCCUCUGGUGAGAUAAAGGAGGGCAGUCCAGUGACUCUGACCUGUAGCAGUGAUGCUAACCCAGCAGCUACAUACACCUGGUACAAGAAGAAUGGAAAUCGUAACGUUCCUCCUCUCAGUGAAGGACGACAGCUUUUCUUCAGCUACAUCCAGUCCUCUGACUCUGGACAGUAUUUCUGUUCAGCUACAAAUGAUCUGGGGAGUAUCACAUCUGAAACCAUCCGUAUUGACGUGAAAUAUGCUCCGAGGACUCCAUCUUUGUCAAGACCCUCUGGUGAGAUAAAGGAGGGCAGUCCAGUGACUCUGACCUGUAGCAGUGAUGCUAACCCAGCAGCUACAUACACCUGGUACAAGAAGAAUGGAAAUCGUAACGUUCCUCUUCUCAGUGACGGACCACAGCUUGUCUUCAGCUCCAUCCAGUCCUCUGACUCUGGACAGUAUUUCUGUUCAGCUACAAAUGAUCUGGGGAGUAGCACAUCUGCAAACACCUUUAUUGACGUGAAAUAUGCUCCGAGGAUUCCUUCUCUCUCAACACGCUCUGGUGAGAUAAAGGAGGGCCGUUCAGUGACUCUGACCUGUAGCAGUGAUGCUAACCCAGCAGCUAACUACACCUGGUACAAGAAGAAUGGAAAUCGUAACGUUCCUCCUCUCAGUGAAGGACGACAGCUUGCCUUCAGAUCCAUUCAGUCCUCUGACUCUGGACAGUAUUUCUGUUCAGCUACAAAUGAUCUGGGGAGUAUCACAUCUGAAACCAUCCGUAUUGACGUGAAAUAUGCUCCGAGGACUCCAUCUUUGUCAAGACCCUCUGGUGAGAUAAAGGAGGGCCGUUCAGUGACUCUGACCUGUAGCAGUGAUGCUAACCCAGCAGCUACAUACACCUGGUACAAGAAGAAUGGAAAUCGUAACGUUCCUCUUCUCAGUGACGGACCACAGCUUGUCUUCAGCUCCAUCCAGUCCUCUGACUCUGGACAGUAUUUCUGUUCAGCUACAAAUGAUCUGGGGAGUAGCACAUCUGCAAACACCUUUAUUGACGUGAAAUAUGCUCCGAGGACUCCAUCUUUGUCAAGACCCUCUGGUGAGAUAAAGGAGGGCAGUCCAGUGACUCUGACCUGUAGCAGUGAUGCUAACCCAGCAGCUAAAUACACCUGGUACAAGAAGAAUGGAAAUCGUAACGUUCCUCUUCUCAGUGACGGACCACAGCUUGUCUUCAGCUCCAUCCAGUCCUCUGACUCUGGACAGUAUUUCUGUUCAGCUACAAAUGAUCUGGGGAGUAGCACAUCUGCAAACACCUUUAUUGACGUGAAAUAUGCUCCGAGGAUUCCUUCUCUCUCAACACGCUCUGGUGAGAUAAAGGAGGGCCGUUCAGUGACUCUGACCUGUAGCAGUGAUGCUAACCCAGCAGCUAAAUACACCUGGUACAAGAAGGAUGUUAAUCGUAACGUUCCUCCUCUCAGUGAAGGACGACAGCUUUUCUUCAGCUACAUCCAGUCCUCUGACUCUGGACAGUAUUUCUGUUCAGCUACAAAUGAUCUGGGGAGUAGCACAUCUGAAACCAUCCGUAUUGACGUGAAAUAUGCUCCGAGGACUCCAUCUUUGUCAAGACCCUCUGGUGAGAUAAAGGAGGGCAGUCCAGUGACUCUGACCUGUAGCACUGAUGCUAACCCAGCAGCUACAUACACCUGGUACAAGAAGAAUGGAAAUCGUAACGUUCCUCUUCUCAGUGACGGACCACAGCUUGUCUUCAGCUCCAUCCAGUCCUCUGACUCUGGACAGUAUUUCUGUUCAGCUACAAAUGAUCUGGGGAGUAGCACAUCUGCAAACACCUUUAUUGACGUGAAAUAUGCUCCGAGGAUUCCUUCUCUCUCAACACGCUCUGGUGAGAUAAAGGAGGGCCGUUCAGUGACUCUGACCUGUAGCAGUGAUGCUAACCCAGCAGCUAAAUACACCUGGUACAAGAAGGAUGUUAAUCGUAACGUUCCUCCUCUCAGUGAAGGACAACAGCUUGCCUUCAGAUCCAUCCAGUCCUCUGACUCUGGACAGUAUUUCUGUUCAGCUACAAAUGAUCUGGGGAGUAUCACAUCUGAAACCAUCCGUAUUGACGUGAAAUAUGCUCCGAGGACUCCUUCUUUGUCAAGACCCUCUGGUGAGAUAAAGGAGGGCAGUCCAGUGACUCUGACCUGUAGCAGUGAUGCUAACCCAGCAGCUACAUACACCUGGUACAAGAAGAAUGGAAAUCGUAACGUUCCUCUUCUCAGUGACGGACCACAGCUUGUCUUCAGCUCCAUCCAGUCCUCUGACUCUGGACAGUAUUUCUGUUCAGCUACAAAUGAUCUGGGGAGGAGCACAUCUGCAAACUCCUUUAUUGACGUGAAAUAUGCUCCGAGGAUUCCUUCUUUGUCAAGUCCCUCUGGUGAGAUAAAGGAGGGCAGUCCAGUGACUCUGACCUGUAGCAGUUAUGCUAACCCAGCAGCUAAAUACACCUGGGACAAGAGGGAUCAAAAUGCACUCCUUUCUUCUGUCAAUGAAGGACCACUUCUUGUCCUCAGCUCCAUCCAGUCCUCUGACUCUGGACAGUAUUUCUGUAGAGCUGAGAACUCGCUGGGGGCGAAUACAUCUAAAGACAUAUUUGUUGAUGUGAAAUAUCCUCCAAAGCUCCCCUCUGUGUCAGUGAGUCCCUCUGCUGAGAUAGAGGAGGGCAGUUCAGUGACUCUGACCUGUAGCAGUGAUGCUAACCCAGCAGCUAAAUACACCUGGUACAAGGAGGAUGAAGACUCUCCAAAUGCUUCAGGACAGAUCUUCACCAUCACUGACUUCAGAGCUGAACACAGUGGGAGGUAUUCCUGUGGAGCCCAGAACAAGUUAGGACGUAGUAACUCCACCUUUCAUCUGACUGUUGUGAAAGGAUCAUGGAAGCUACUACCUUUGGUAACAAUCCCUGUUGUUCUCCUGGCUGUCAUAUCUCUCUCUGUCUUCCUGUGGAUCAGAAAAAAGAGGGCUUCCAGGGACUCUGCUGAACCUGAAGAGAGACCGGAACACACGGAAGAGUAUGCCACCGUCCACUUUUCCAACAACCGAGCAGAACCUCUUUACUCCAACAUGAGAGCAGGUCAACACCUCGGACACACGGAGCAACAGGAAGUCCCGGAAUACGCUGCCAUCAAGUUCACGAGUCGUGCCCCGAGGACCAGACCAGAGGAUCCAGCUGAACUGUACAGCGUGAUCACCAAAGCCCACUGAACACAGCAGGCUUUGCAUUUGAACUCUGAUACUUCAGUUUUUUGACAAUGAGUAAAUUACGCAGGUCAAUAUUGAUCUUUAAAAUAUAUUUCACAGGAUGGGCCUCUCCAAAAAUGUGCUUUGAGACAAUUAUGUAUCUUAAAGAAACAUAACAUGUAUUCAUUCAAAAGUGUUUAGCUUAGCUUUGUUUACUCUUACUUGGACAGCUGUAAAAAAAAUAUUUAAUGCAUCAAAUUGUUAAUUUAACUUGGUUAAUACAAAAGUAGUAUCUUUCGGUACGACAAAGGAUGUGAUCCCUAACUGGCUUCCCACUGACAGCAUUUUUUUAUUGGGAAACUGGAGACAUUAGCAUAGAGUUAGAUUUUAAUGAUAAAAGACAAUUGCCUUUGUACAUUUCUCUAAUUACUUCAUAUAACAUUUAUUCACUCUUUUAUUCAUCUUCCAAAAUAUAAAUCAAAACGAUUUUGAGGCUUACUUGACCUUAUAUCAGAAAUGUCCCAACUACUAUUGGAUUAAAUAUCUUAAAGGUCCCCUAUGAUACUCUUUUCAUCAAUAUAUUAUAGUUCUCAGAUAUAUACAAA